AUGCCUGUUUGUUGUCAAUGUUGAGCAGUGCCCGGUUGACAGGGUUGAGGUCAUGACUGCUGCUCUGGCCUUCAAGUUCAAGGCCACCAGAAUGCCUGAAUGAUCAUUAUCAGUGUUGUUUGGAUAUUUCUUGAGGGAAAGCGUCUUGCUGGAAGCUGGCCGUACCGUGCGUUGUUAGUCGGAGGACGUUCGGAAAAUAAUUUUGUUCUGUUGAGAAUCCGACCCGGUCACAACUGCUGUGUACGUGUGUGCGUACUAAAGUUAAUCUGCAAGAUUGGAACGGAAGUGAAGUCCAACAAUAGUCAAGGCCUAUGAUGGGCUAUAAUGGAGUUAGUGAUAUUCACAAGCACCGGCGAGCUGCCCUCCGUGGUUCGCUGCCCAGAGGCCGCGAGAAGCGAAGCGCAGCGUGGUUCCUGUGCCGAAGAGACCGCGUAUUCAAACUGGCCAUUGCCCUUAUCCUAAUGAUGUUCAUCUCGGUCAAUGUGUACUUGCUGAAAGGGGAGGCAUUACGCCGCGAGGCGCAACGUGGCAAUGCCUUCACACCGUUGAUACAUUUGGGCGACACCACCAGAUCUACUGCACUCUCACUGGAUGCAGAGCACGUCGUCCAGCAUCUUGGCCGCGAGCUGCGUGAGAGCGACCCACUGCACGGGGUUGGCGGUGUCGGCGCUGCUGCCCGGAUUAGCCCUCCGGCCACGGCCCUGUGCAGUAGACCGGUACCGUGCGACAAGGACUCCGUGGCAGUCCACGUGUCCAUUGGCCGCGCUGCACAGGGCUCACAGCUUCUGGUCUGCUUCGACGGCAAGGAGGUGGACUUUGGCGAGGACCGCGGCAAGGGCAUCAUGUUGAUGUCGGCCGAUCCGGCCACGCUGUCCGUGCGCACGCGAGUGUUCAGCACGGGCACGAGUAAGUCGGCGUCGGACGACCUCAUCGACUACCUCGGCAAUCUGCCCAAGGACACGAUUGUCGUGAUGGCGGCCGACGGUGCCCGCGCGGCCCCGUUGCUAAGCGACGCGGCGCGCCACGCCAUCUACAGCACUGGCAGUGGUAUGGUGCACGUUGUCGACGACGACCACGCCUGGGCAAUGGCCACGGUCAAGGGGCUGGCGCUAUCCACGCCGUACGAAGCCGUCGCACCUUCGCUCGCGGCCAACUCAAAGGAGAAUGUUGCCCAGGUGUCGACGUGCGUGCCGAAAAACAUCUACCUGGCAGUUACCAAUAUUCAGCAGCGCAAGGUCGUGUGCAGAACUCAAGGCAGCACCGAACCCAAUAAGUACGGGAACUUCUGCAGCGACACAGCCAUAGCCGAGUACCUGCUGCCGGCCAAAGGACCGAAUCCGGGUGGCUCGGUGGCAGUCGGUUUACCAGUGACGAUACUGGCGCGGCACAAUCGUCCUGACUACUUGCAGCAGUGUUUGUCGUCAUUGUUCACCAACCCCGGUCUGAACCUGAGCCAAGUGACCGUGUAUGUGGACAGCUAUUCUCCAGAUGUGCACGCAUUGCUGAACCUGUUUGCCGUGCGCGCUCGCUUCUUCCCGAAGACGGUGACAACGUCGACCAUGAAGGAGGUGCACCGCAAGGCCGACAUGAUUACUGCGCACUACGCCAGGGUGUUGCCCUUGGCCUGGGCAUCGUUCCCGACUGCCGUGCAUAUGGUAGUGCUGGAGGAGGACCACACGGUAGCGCCGGAUUUUCUGUACUUCUUUGCGCAGCUCAUUCCCACGGUGGACAAGGACCCCAGUGUGAUGGCAGUGUCUGCAUACAAUGACAACGGAUUCAAGCAUGAAGCGCAGGAUGCUGGCAUUGUCUAUAGGAGUGACUUCUUCCCAGGCCGUGCGUGGCUAUUACCGCUGCGUUCCUGGGAGGGUUGGCGGCUGUCGUUUCCGCAGUGCUGCGGCGGCUGGAGCUGGGACCUGUGGCUGCGAGAUCCACCGCAGCGCAAGGACAGAGAGACUCUAAUACCGGAUGUACCACGGGCACAUCACAUCGGCGAGCGAGGAAUGCAGGUUUCCGACUACUACUGGAAGGUGUACUUCCAGCCUGCCGUCCUGAAUGCAAACCCCAGAGUAAAGCUGCGUGAGCUAGACACGCUGACUAAAGAUGCCUACGAGGAACAUCUCCACCGCUUGAUACGGUCUGCACUACAGUUGCCAGUGGCUGGUGGUAGUCGGGCCUGUGGUGCCGAUAUGGUGCCCAACUCGGCGUUUGGAAUGCGAUACGUUCUAUUCUACGAGCAGAGGGAUGCGACGGACAGCUCCCAAUUGCAGAAGUUGGCUAAGUGCUUCAAGAUUUGGGACCUUGGUGUGAGGGGUGCGCACAAUGGAGUUCUGCGCUUCCAUUCCAAGUUCAACCACAUCCUGCUCGUGGGAGCCAAGACAACGUACGGCAAAGCACUGAUGCCCACUGGUACUGUCCCCUUCACUGUUACAUAGCCAAGUUGAGUUCACUAGGAUGCAGACAACGCUAAUAGGAGUUGUAGUGGUAGUUGUAGUACAUGUGGUACUCGGUCAUCUAGCCGUCGCCUGUCACUGUUGCUUAGGUAGUGCUGGUCGCGGCCGAGCAACUCUGAUGUGGAGCUAGCUAGCUAAUAUCCAUGGCCAGACCGGCCUGCCACACCGCUGUGCCCCGAGGCUGAGUUGUCACGGGGCGCCGUCCAUUGUGCCGUGCGCUCGUCCAUGCAUUGCCCCCUGCGCGGCGCUCUGGCCGGGACCACGCGACGCGUACGCCAGCCGCACAUCUGCCGCCGCCACCGCCGCACUCUUCUGACUUGCCAGUGUGCCGGCGCUAGGGCAUAGCGGCUUUCUCGGUGUGCAGUGCAAUGCAGUGCUGAGUGUGGGCUUAGUCCUAGUGCGUGAUGUAACGUAUUAUCAUACAUGUACGAGUGAGUAGCGCAGCGUUGUUUACAGACAUUCCAUAGUGUGCCACUGUGCCCUGUGCAUGGGCUUGAUGGACACCGAGACAAACUCGCACAGGGGAAUCUCGCCAUUGCAGCGUCAUGACAACACUGAGCUUGCCUUCAGUCUGGACUAGAUCAGCAGAGAACUAUUUAUGAAGUCGUGGUGCGUCAUGCCGGCGACUGCCGUAUGUAUGUCCACUGGCUUCCUUUCCUGCCCUCAUCAUUUGACUUAUGGUUGUCGACAUUACUGACGACGAUUCCUGAUCUCAGCCAGCCUUUACGAUACUCGAUAGUACCCCUUGCCACAUCAUUGUGCCCCCACCCACACAAUUACACACAUUGUAAGUCAUGCCAUCUUGUUGUGUUGGCUUGCAGUGUUUUUUUUGUUUUGUUUUGUUUUUUUAAAUCCGUGCUACCCCCCAUACCCCAGACGUCUUGAGUUGUCCGUUGUAGAAAUGAUGCGUUGCCAUUACCGGGCCCCUGUGUCCAAGGCAUCGUGAUACUAGUAAUUAUAAUACGUUUUAUAUGGCCGAAACCGCUUGCUGUCUACAGCAUUGGGUGAUACGUUUUUAUUUAUCUUAGGUGUUUUUCAGCAGGGGCUUGUAAAGCGUCUUCUUUUUAAUCAAGUCAGUUUUUGUACAGAAAUGUUUUAUCAAACGCUUCUUAGAUCAUUACUCCAGUCGUUUCGUUUAUCUUAUCAUCCUAGUGCCCCAGCGCACUUGGCUCCGCUACUCUUCAUGUGUUCUUUUUCCCCUGACAAGAUCGUUUAACCUCAUAUCCAGUGCAUCAGUUUCCUUGUUUGUGUGUGUUUUCAGUUUCCUGUUUAGCUAGGACGGUGCUUGUUAUUCUAGAUUGCUGUCCACUCGUUGCCACUGGCUUCUUCAACUUAGCAUCCUCUUUUUCCCCUCGUAGUCUUUGUUAUUUUAAAAUAUUAUUAUGACGGAUGACCCAAA